AUGAGGUCAUGCUUUAUCAUAAAGUUGCAUAAAAAACAUUCACUUUCUUUACCCUUUUUUAAUUUUGAAGAAUGGCAACCACAGCUGAGGAUGUGAUUGGCGAGACUCAGAGGCUAGCAGUUGAUGAGAAUUUGGGCAAAGAAGAGGUGAAUUGUGAGAAUGAAGCCAAGGCAAUAGAGGAGGAGGUGGCAAUGGAGAUUGAACCCAAAACUGGGGUUUCCUUUCCCGUUAAGCUGGAUGAUGGGAAGCAGCUGAGUUGUGUUGGUUUGAGAAAAAAAUCCAUGCUUGGCAUUGGCAUCAAGAUUCAUGGCUUCGGGAUAUAUGUGGACAACGAGAAACUGAAAGAUGUUCUUAAGUCAAAGAUCGGCAGAGCCCCAGCGAUACCCACAGAGGAAAUGUAUAAUGUGGUGAUUGAUAGUGAUAUGGGGAUGACUGUGAGGCUGGUAAUUGUAUUUGCUUACCUCACCAUGAACAUGGUAAGAAAGAACUUUGAUGAAGCUCUUGGAGCAUCCGUAAAGAAACUCAAUGGUGGGAAGAAGAAUGAUGAGCUAGCCAACAAGCUGGUGGGUCAAACAACGGAUGACGUCAAGCUAUCAGCUGGCUCUGUAUUUGAGGUCUCUCGUCUUCCUGGACACAUUAUUGAAAACAGAGUGAAAGGUAAGCUUGUGAGCAGGAUUGAGAGUGAACUACUCUGCAGGGCAUACAUUAACAUGUAUCUGGGAGACAAUCCUCUGGACAAAGAGGCCAAAGAAAAAUUUGGAGCUUUCAUGCUUUCUCUCUUCUAAUUAAAAACUGAAAUGGAUCCUAGAAUUGAAGGGAAUAAGAUCCCAAGUCCAUUUCUCUGUAACUGAGCAAUUACUGAAUAAAAGGACAGUGAUGAGCAUAUGACUGCUUUCUGUAAUAAA